AUGGCCAGCUCCAGACUGGGCCUUCUGCUACUGCUGCUGCUGAUGAUGGCCGUCCACCCUGGACAUUCAGAGGCUUAGCACUGAUCCCAUGACUGGUACCCUGGAGGAAAGCGAGCCUCUAGCUCAGCCCAGGACCCUUAGAGUGCCCUUAAGCCCCCAGCAGGUAGCCCAGCCCAUACUGCCCAUGGCCUCCCAAGCGAUGCCCUGGCUGCCCCGGAGGACAGUGUGCCCUGGGAGGGCCAGACUGUGGCCUGAUGUUUCCUCCACAGGAAGCAGCACCUGCAACCCUGCCAUGGCCAGCUCCAGACUGGGCCUUCUGCUACUGCUGCUGCUGAUGAUGGCCGUCCACCCUGGACAUUCAGAGGCUUAGCACUGAUCCCAUGA